AUGGCUUUGUGCGCCCAAAACGUUGACCUGCAUCGAAAGUUCAUACUUCGUGCCGAGUUUACAAAAAGUUGGGGUCUGAUGUUUCUUCGUUGCACCAUUUGCUUCUUUCACUUGUCUGCCCAGCGUGACGCCACUAAGCCCCUCAAUGCCACCCACGACUAUCAGAUCGUGAGUCUCGAGUUAAAGAAUUUCAGCUUUCACCAGUUCGAUGUAUGCACCGGUGCUAACAACGGCAACGAGAUUGCAAUCUUUGGUGAUUCUAAAGCCACGCCGCCUGAGAAGAUAUUCUCCCUGUCCUCCGUCGAUGGGCAAUUUGAGAACUUUGCGAUGAAGUUGGACUUCAAUGCCAAGUAUGUACUCGAUAUAGGUCCCGAACGCCGAGCCCUUGCUAACUUGACAGGUAGUACAGCUCAAGUGUUCUACAGCACCGUACAAGAGCCCCUCCCGCAGGCAACGUAUACUGCUUCGCUUUGGCAGAAAAACCCUGUCGGGGACGCUCCCCAGCCCGAAGGCAUCCAACAGGCGCUGAUCUUGGGUAGCAUUUCCAUGGAAGACUCUACGGAUGGUAUGGCCACCCUUCGGUGA